AUGACGGCAGCCUCCACAGAUGAAGGCCCUGCUGUACCCUCCCAUCCAUCCGCCAAGUCUACGGCGAGCACCGGCAUCAGCUCCGGCCUCGCCACUGGCCUGAACGGCAUCGCACCUGGCCAUGUGCUCCGUCGCGUCAAGACCAUCGACGUCUCGGACGCGCUGCUACGGCCGCCGCCGCCGUCCUUCACCAGUCGGUCGGAGUCGUCGUUUGACGGCGGCAGCAGGCCUCCGCGGCGGAGCUCCAACCUGUCCGACUACAGCAGCGAGGCGCGCGACAUCUUGAACCCGAAACCGCAGGCAGACGCGGAUGGGUCCCUGCCCGAGUCAUCCUCGCUCGCCUCGCUCUCGCUCGCCUUUGCGCUGCUCCCGCCCAUCUCGGGUGCCCUGUUCAAGAACGGCAAUGCCGUCGUCAUCGACAUGUUUUCCUCCCCUGGUGGGCAGACGCAAAUGCGAAUGCAAACGGGCGCUGGAUGGUAUGCCAACCACUCAAACGAUAGGAUAUGGUACCACGCCGCGCAGCAGGUGCGCAUCCUGCACGAGAUGGAUUCCGACGACGCCAUCGCCGUCGAGAGCGACGGCGACUGCUCGCCGGCCACCGUUCCCCCUGGAUCCCCGCUCAUCGACGUCCCGGAGGAGGACGAGGGGGGUGCCAAGCCUUCCCCCAAGGCCCGGGUCCAGGGAAUGCCCGAGUCGGAGCGGCGACAGGCGGCCCUUCGCGAACUCUACCUCCACGAAGUCUUGUCGCUGCUCGCAUGCCUCGUCCUCCCGCUCCUCAGCGCGUACCUCCUCCACACCAUUCGCUCACAGCUGAGCCGUCCCUCGGAGGGGCUGGUCUCAAACUACAACCUCACAAUCUUCCUGCUCGUCUCGGAACUGCGAGUCUUCUCCCACAUGCUGCGGCUCGUCCAGUGCCGAACCCUCCACCUGCAGAGAGUCGUCCACGGCGACGGCUUCAACCCGGCGUCCAAGACGAAGGCGCAGCUGGAGGAGAUGGUGGCUCGCGUCGAGAGGCUCGAGGCGCACUCGGGCGCCGAGGACAAGGCCACGGGGUCGGACUGCAGCCCCCACUCGGCGCGGGCGAAGCAGGAGGCGGCCAUGACGAGGGAUGUGCGGAACGCGAUCCAGCCGGAGCUGGAUGCGCUGAACCGCGCGGUGAGACGGUACGAGAAGAAGGCGACGGUGCUCCAAUUCCAGACGGAAUCCCGCUUCUCCGGACUCGAGGCGAGGCUCAACGAUGCCAUCACCCUCGCGGCGGCGGCGGCGAAGAACAAUGCAAACCGGAAGAACGUGGCGAUGCGCGCCUUUGAGUUUGCCAUGUCCGUGGCGCUCGUGCCCUUUCACGCCAUGCUCCGACUCCUCCUGCUGCCGCUGAGAACCCUUCUCGCCCUCAUCGGCGGCAGCAAGCAGAGACAGCCGGCGUCGACAAAGGGCCGAAGCAGCCGAGCGGGAAAGGCGGCGGCCGUUCCGCUGCGGUACAGCGGCGACAGAGUACCGCCGCGGGUCAUGAAGAGGUGA